ACAUCAGGAAGCAACAGUGUGUGUGCGUUUGUCUGUAGUGUUUGUAUUUUCGUCGCCGACUUUGUGUGUUACGCUGAUCAGCGGCACGUGUGUGACGGCCCCGAACAUCAGUGGACUGUUUGUGCAGAUGUGCCAGAGGAGAAAGUCCCCCGUGUGUGUAUUUAUGUUUGUGUAUGUGUGUGUGUGUGUGUCUGUGUUUGUCGCUUCAUUUGAUGCUUUCUUUUUAUGCUACCGCGAGACGACUACAAUUUCUCUCUCUCUCUUCUCUUUCAAUCGUUUGCCUCACCCAUCGAGACCGUUUGCGUCUAAUGAUGCGCCGCACAUGGUUUUCAAUUGCACCCCGGCGUGUUUGGGGAACCCCCUGGUGGGGGGACGAAGGUGGCGCAACCACGCUGAUUUAAUUGAUGUAAACUGCGCACCACAACACAGCGGAAAAUUCGAACCACUCAUAAACCGAUCUGUCACGCUCGCUUUCUCUGUGCGCGCCCCUCGGGGAAAAUCAUCGCGGCAUAAUGACAGCCGCCCCCAUCCCUCCACAUACGUCCGGUCUGUCUGAGUGGAGGUUUCCUUCACGGUGAAAAAUCGUGCAAAGUGCAAUGUUCGUGACAGAUCGGGUGUGAUUGAUUUGCGAAUGCAGUGAAACAAGAAAAAAAAGGAAAGGAAAUGCAAUCACCCCUCUCCUUAGCGCUAUAUCGUUAGAACGACAGUCUAAUGGAGCUAAGUGCGGCAGGAGAUUUAUCACAUUACAGCUUGUAAUUAGUCGUAGGAGGCCACCUCUCACCGGGGAAACAGAGUGUAAUUAACUGCAAAGCUCCUCUGAUCGGUACGAGACCAUAUACGCGAGGCGCGGUAUCCCAUAGCAACAAGUCCAACGUUCCGCGAUAGAAUGCGCGACCUUUUGCGCGGGCCCCGUAUCUUGUGGCGCGAGAUUGUGUUUCCAAAACCGGGUGAUCUCUCUUAGUGAAAUGCGAUCCUUCCUCCACAGUGCUGCUCAGAACGGCGCGGCGUGUUUCUAGAACCCAACAGGGGCGGUGGGUGGGUUUUGUUGUACACACAAUGAUCUCCCCCCCCUCGUACCCAAUCUUGGACAUGCGUGGACACAUACAGCUGACAGAGCAGCGCUCUGAAUCCGCCCCAGUAACAUACCAAGUUCUUACAGAUCCAUUAGAGAAACUCACUCAUAUUCGCGAUCACCACGCAAAAUUCCGGUUUUUAUUUCUUGGCAGCUGCCUACUCAGGGCAGCGCGCCGUGUACGUAACACACCACCCCGGCAAAGAUUUGUUUGUGACUUGGGAGUAUUUGGGCGGAGAACCGCCCAACAAGAGAACAAUCCGUCGCCAGAUGAUAGAUUAAAAUUCUUAUCGCGUCCUUUUUGUGUGUCUGCUGUGCGUCGUCCAGUCCCGAGAGAAUCCGUCAAGGUCUGAUGGAAUUCCACAAACGUGCACGUUGUGUUGUGUUGCGUGGCUCAACAUUUAAAGUCCGUGUCUGACGACGGAUCUGUAUGAGCAGUCGGAGCCGAAGCUACAGCCUUUUCUCCUAACAAUAAAACACCGAAACACCGAGGGGAAAAAAAGAUCACUCAGAUCGCGAUCGUACGUACAACGGUGUACAGCAGAGUGGAGGAGUCGUUGACCUUGGAACCAGCGAGCUGGACAGUAACAAAUAAAGAAAGAUAGAGGGAGAGCGAGAAGCUGGAAAAAUCAUUGCAUGUUCCGCAAGAAUUCCAUUCUUGCACUCCACAAACGGUCCACAGAAAGAAUGCCGAUUAGUACACAGGGUAGAGGAGCAGCAGUAAGUCAGCUACCCGUGCCGGAACGCAAGCCGGACUACUACAUCGGCCCAACCGGACGUCCCGUUUUGACCAUGGGUCUCGAUCGAACGAGCCCGGGUACAUGUGAUUCAGCCAACGGCACAGGCAACAGCAAGUUAAACAAAUGCUUAUACAACCUCACAAUACGGAACGCGGGAUAUCCCACCAGCAAUAACGAUCGUCACGGAUCUGUCAGCAGCAGCAACAGCAGGAGAGUGAGCAAUAAAACCGAACAUGAUAUAACGAGCGCACCGGCGAGAGGUCGCUGCAGUAAAUCACCCCCACAGAUUUCGGGAUCCGGUCGGUUCGGUUCGCCGCCUGACACUGGCGGUCGGCGUCAGCCGAUGGUAUCGACUGCGGGCGGGUGGUCUUCAACGGCCGCCUAUCAAAAACCGGCCAGCAGUGGAAUCUGUGGGCCUUCGCCGCCAGCAGCUGCUGCCACGCGAUUGCUUGCCGCACGAUCAUCCGGCGGCGGUACGAGACCUCAAUCGGAAGCUACUGGCGGCAGCAGGCCAGGUUCGCUCGUUCUACAGCAACAGUGCAGAUAUUCCAAUCACCACAAGCAGUUGGACAAUCGAUUAAGCUACCAGCGCAGCUACGAUCGCAACAUCUUUGGGUACGAUCAACCGAUGGAUCAGAUCGUGCUGCCACCGUUGCAGAUCUAAAAGAACGGGCUCAACACUCAAUGGAUGAUUCCCCCUCACACACACACUUCCUAGAAUUAUCUUUAAAAAACUAGAUUUAGAACAUCUUCUCCGGAUGAAUCCGUUCCAUAUUGCCAAGAAAAAUAGUAAUACCUAAAAGAAAGAUCAUAAAAUAAACCCCCCAAAA